GGCCUGGUCGGGUCUGUACACUCAUUUACAUUCAUACACUGAGCUAGAAUGGUGAGCGAACGUGACUGACAGCGUCAACCUCUCGAAUCCCCGGAUGUGUCCAUUACCAAGACCAGCCGGCAGCGCCGCUCUGCUGCAGGAUCCGACUAUUAGGAGCCGCCGUCGCGUCAUGUGCUGUUUUCCCGCGCUGGUCGCGUCACUGCAGCCGCCGCAAUACUGCCGCUGCAUCUUGCGGACUUCAGACUGAUGGCUGCUGAGGAGGAGCCGGUUGGAGCAGAGUCCGUGGCACCACCUGAGGCUCCCGGUGCCGAAAGUGAUAGCAAACGUGCGGGAGAGGAGCCGGAGAAAGCAGCGGCGCCCCCGCAGAAGCUGGUCAGAUUGCCCAUGUCUCGGGUGAAGGCGCUGAUGAAGUCGGACCCGGACGUGUCCCUCGCCAGCCAGGAGUCGGUGUUCCUCAUCUGCAAAGCUACGGAAUUAUUCAUUGAAACAAUUGCCAAAGAUGCAUAUAUAUAUGCUCAACGAGGAAAGAGGAAAACACUACAGCGCAAAGACUUAGAUAAUGCAAUAGAUGCCAUUGAUGAAUUUGCUUUUUUGGAAGGCACGUUGGAUUAGAUGGAAUAGAAAUCAUCUUGGACAUAUGCUAUUGGAAUGUUUUGCCCAAAGUAUAAUUAAGGACUAUUUAGCAAAGGAUCUCACUGUGCUCCAAUAGGGUGUUUAUACUUUGUUUUAAUUGUUUUGUUCCCUCUUCACAAUUUUCUCUUGGGAGAAAAAUAAACUUAUGUUUGAAAUGUA